AUGUCGCUGUCGUGCCAAAGUUCUAUGCGGGAUCGGACCAUCGCUUCCUCCGGGAAAGAUUUUUUCACACGAAAAGAAGAUAAAGCCAGAAAGUUCAGAAAGCGUCUCAGGACUAUCGUUGACUGGAAACUUUUCGCUACGUCAGCCGGGUUUUGGAAAGAUUCUGCAGACGACAGCAUCGACGAGGAAUACAAUCGGCUCGUUGAACAUCUUCGCGACUGCACGAAGAGUGCUGAAAGUUUUCAAACCACCAAGAGACGGCUGUCUCUCGAAACUUUUGAGCUGAUACGACAGCGUGGAGCAGCAUGA